AUGGCAAAGUUGAGCACUCUCCGGCUUGCGAGCCUUCUUUCCCUUGUCAGUGUGCAGGUAUCUGCCUCUGUCCAUCUAUUGGAGAGUCUGGAGAAGCUGCCUCAUGGAUGGAAAGCAGCUGAAACCCCGAGCCCUUCGUCUCAAAUCGUCUUGCAGGUUGCUCUGACGCAGCAGAACAUUGACCAGCUUGAAUCGAGGCUCGCAGCUGUAUCCACACCCACUUCUAGCACCUACGGCAAAUACUUGGAUGUAGACGAGAUCAACAGCAUCUUCGCUCCAAGUGAUGCUAGCAGUUCUGCCGUCGAGUCUUGGCUUCAGUCCCACGGAGUGACGAGUUACACCAAGCAAGGCAGCAGCAUUUGGUUUCAAACAAACAUCUCCACUGCAAAUGCGAUGCUCAGCACCAAUUUCCACACGUACAGCGAUCUCACCGGCGCGAAGAAGGUGCGCACUCUCAAGUACUCGAUCCCGGAGAGCCUCAUCGGCCAUGUCGAUCUCAUCUCUCCCACGACCUAUUUUGGCACGACAAAGGCCAUGAGGAAGUUGAAAUCCAGUGGCGUGAGCCCAGCCGCUGAUGCUCUAGCCGCUCGCCAAGAACCUUCCAGCUGCAAAGGAACUCUAGUCUUUGAGGGAGAAACGUUCAAUGUCUUUCAGCCAGACUGUCUCAGGACCGAGUAUAGUGUUGAUGGAUACACCCCGUCUGUCAAGUCUGGCAGCAGAAUUGGGUUUGGUUCCUUUCUCAAUGAGAGCGCAAGCUUCGCAGAUCAAGCACUCUUUGAGAAGCACUUCAACAUCCCCAGUCAAAACUUCUCCGUUGUCCUGAUCAACGGUGGAACGGAUCUCCCUCAGCCGCCUUCUGACGCCAACGAUGGCGAAGCCAACCUGGACGCUCAAACCAUUUUGACCAUCGCACAUCCUCUCCCCAUCACCGAAUUCAUCACCGCCGGCAGUCCGCCAUACUUCCCCGAUCCAGUUGAACCUGCGGGAACACCCAACGAGAACGAGCCUUAUUUACAGUAUUACGAAUUUCUGUUGUCCAAGUCCAACGCUGAAAUUCCGCAAGUCAUUACCAACUCCUACGGCGACGAGGAGCAAACUGUGCCGCGGUCAUAUGCCGUUCGAGUUUGCAAUCUGAUUGGUCUGCUAGGACUACGCGGUAUCUCUGUCCUUCAUUCCUCGGGCGACGAGGGUGUGGGCGCCUCUUGCGUUGCUACCAACAGCACCACGCCUCAGUUUAACCCCAUCUUUCCUGCUACAUGUCCUUAUGUUACAAGUGUUGGCGGAACCGUGAGCUUCAAUCCCGAGGUUGCCUGGGCUGGUUCAUCUGGAGGUUUCAGCUACUACUUCUCUAGACCCUGGUACCAGCAGGAAGCUGUGGGUACUUACCUUGAGAAAUAUGUCAGUGCUGAGACAAAGAAAUACUAUGGACCUUAUGUCGAUUUCUCCGGACGAGGUUUCCCCGAUGUUGCAGCCCACAGCGUCAGCCCCGACUAUCCUGUGUUUCAGGGCGGUGAACUCACCCCAAGCGGAGGCACUUCAGCAGCCUCUCCUGUCGUAGCAGCCAUCGUGGCGCUGUUGAACGAUGCCCGUCUCCGCGAAGGAAAACCCACGCUUGGAUUUCUCAAUCCGCUGAUUUACCUACACGCCUCCAAAGGGUUCACCGACAUCACCUCGGGCCAAUCUGAAGGGUGCAACGGCAAUAACACCCAGACGGGCAGUCCUCUCCCAGGAGCCGGCUUCAUUGCAGGCGCACACUGGAACGCGACCAAGGGAUGGGACCCGACGACUGGAUUUGGUGUUCCAAACCUCAAAAAGCUCCUCGCACUUGUCCGGUUCUAAGAGGACUCGGGUGGAAUAUAGGGCCGCGGCGGAUGGCUCGCAAUAGGACUGCCAUGGAAUUGGUAGAAGUCACCAUAGGAUCAUCAUUCUCGUCC